AUGUCAGAAGAUGACGAAAAAGUUAAACUCCGUCGAAUUGAACCUGCCAUUCAGAAAUUCAUUAAAGUGGCAAUUCCAACGGAUUUGGAAAGGUUAAGAAAACACCAAAUAAAUAUUGAGAAGUAUCAAAGGUGCAGGCUCUGGGACAGAUUGCAUGAAGAGCACAUUAAUGCAGGACGAACGGUUCAGCAACUCCGAGCCAAUAUGAGGGAGAUGGAGAAACUCUGCUUGCGAGUCCGACAGGAAGACAUCCCAGUUCUGCAGAGAAUGAUAAAUCCAGUUAAAGAGGAAGCUUCAUUUGCCAUAAAAGACUUCCUGCAGCUCCAUUCUGAAUCUGCAGAAGAGCUUAAAAAGCAGCUCGAAGGACAGGAGGAUGCCUCUUUAACCAGAUCUGCAACUGUAGGAGGAGAAACUUUACACAACACGGAAGUGAAGGACGGCUCCCAGAGCUUAAUCCAGAUCUACUCCUGCCUUCCCCAGAUACCUCAGGAGGAAAACGCAGCUGAGUCCUGGGAAACCUUAGAAGAGGACUUGAUUCAGCUUAGCCAGUUGGUGACUGAUUUCUCUCUCUUAGUGAGUUCCCAGCAGGAGAAGAUUGACAGGAUUGAAGACCAUGUCAACAGUGCUGCUGCGAAUGUUGAAGAGGGAACCAAAAACUUGGGGAAGGCUGCAAAAUACAAGCUGGCAGCUCUGCCCGUGGCAGGUGCAGUCAUUGGUGGAGUGGUGGGGGGUCCCAUUGGUCUCCUUGCAGGCUUCAAAGUGGCAGGAAUUGCAGCUGCACUUGGUGGUGGGAUUUUGGGUUUCACAGGUGGAAAAUUGAUACAAAGAAGAAAACAAAAACUGAUGGGGCAGGUCUCUUCCAGCUGUCCAGAGCUUUCUCGACAAAGUGCCAAAAAAUCCAGCUGAAGUAUAGAUUCAUUAUGACUUGGAACAAAAGCGUAGUAGCCGUGCUAAUGACAGACUUGCAGCCUUAUGCUUUA